CGCAAUCUUCCUCAGUUGGUUAGUUGUAAUACAGUCGCCGAUUAUCUUAAUAAAACCCAUGUAUCUAAAUUUCGUGAUAUAUAAAACAUCCAAUUGUUUACAAAUUGAAUAGUCAUGGUUACAUGAAAUAAUUAUUCCUAUUUGAAAGAUUUUAAGUAUCUUUUGUAUCAUUAAAGCUAUGAUAGCGGAAUCUCAGUCGUUUAUCUACAAUGGAGACGCUACAAGUGCAGUUGUGGGAAUGGGAUCUGGUUGCAUCCUUAUACUGAUAGUAUUGGCUGUGUAUUUCCACAAGAAACUAUGUUUUCAAUACGGAGUUCACCUUAAUUUGCCAUGUUGUGACAAAAGUCUGAGACCUUCCUCCAGUUUAGGGGAAGCUUUUAAAGUUGCUGAAGCUGAAAGUAGUUCUGAUAGUGAUGAAGAAGUUAUUAAUAAGUUGCAUAAGUCUAUGACCCUUCACUCAACAACAACCACCCAUCCUCCUCACUUCAAUAUCAGAACCCAUUUAGAAGGAGAAAAUGAGCAUGAGGAAAGAAGUAGUGCUAGUUCUUGUUGCUCUAGUACAAGUAUGGAUGAAGGUAUUAGAAAUAGGGAAAAAAAGCUCAAAAAGAAUGAUAAUCAACAGGAGAAUCAAAAUGAUUGCAUAGUAAUCAUGGGUCAAGAACCAGCAUUUGACUUGAGUGAUGUAAAACGAGGAGGGCAUGGUGAUGGUUCAGGUGCAUUACAAGUUUCUCUUGCAUAUGAUGCACCAACAAGGAAACUUACUCUUCAUCUUCUCCAAGCUACUGACAUGCCUUCUCCUCCAACAAAUCUACAGGUAAGGGUUGUUCUCUUGCCUAACAAGAAACAGAGAUAUAAGAGUAAGUGCAGACAAGGAGAGAAUCCACAAUUUAUGGAAAGCUUUUUGUUCCAUAGGAUUAGUCCAGAGGAUAUUUCAAAAUUGGGUGUGAGAUUAAGAGUUUAUGCUUGGGAAAGACUGAGAAGACAAAGAUUACUUGGUGAAGCUACAUUGAGUUUAGUUCAAGUAAACCUAGAUCUUGAAUCAAACUUAUGGUUAACUAUGGAUCCUUCAGUUCAUACUUUUACAAAUACUUGGUGUGGGGAUGUUGUAAGUUUGGGCCAAAGUGACAGUACUGGUUCUUCAGUUAGUCUUCAUCAAGGUGUUGCAGAAUUAUUAUUAGGUUUAGCUUAUAGUGGAACUACAGGAAGAUUGACUGUUGAGAUAAUUAAAGGAAGCCAUUUCAGGGAUGCUACAUUAAAUAGAGCUCCUGAUACUUAUGUAAAAUUAAGUUUAGUAAGUAGUACAGGUCAGGAAAUGACUCGCAGUAAGACAAGCAUUAGAAGGGCUCAACCAAAUCCGUUGUUCAAAGAAACUUUUAUGUUCCAGGUAGCUCUUUUUCAGCUUGCUGAUGUCACAUUAAUGGUAUCUGUAUUUUGUAAAAGACCAAUGAAACGAAAAGAGAUGUUAGGAUGGUUUUGUCUUGGACAAAAUAGCUCAGGUGUUGAAGAACUCUCACAUUGGCAAGAUAUGUGCCAGAUAAAAGGAGAACAGAUUUGUCGUUGGCAUGUUUUAAUCGAAAAAUAAUCAUUAUGAUAUUGAAAAGAAUUAUUAUUUCAUUUGGGCUCUAUAAGAUGGAGAAAUGAAUUUAAAACCAGAGAUGAAUGCAUUUCAUAAAAACUUGUAACAUUUUUUACCUGUGACAAAUUAUUAUUUCUUAAGCAUAAAAAAAAAUAAUUGUUGCCAGUUUAUAUGCAUAUUUUUAAUUAUUAAUUAAUUGAGCUAGAAAUGAAACUAUUCCCACUCUUCUUGUGCCUAUACCUUAAUUGUGGAAUUGUGAUAAAUUGCCUCAAUCACAUUUUGAAUUGGUAAUUGUGUUUUAAUUGAUUAUAUUACAUAAGAAAUUUUGAAUAUACAUAGCUUCUUUCAGCACUAUUCCAUUAGAGAAUAAUAUUUUAUUUGAUAUUUUCCACAGGGAAACAUUUGUACUGAAUUUAUAUACAUGAUUGUUGAUUAUUCUUGCAUACUUAUAUAACUUUUUUAAUGAAUCAUAACAUACCUAUAUACUAUUUGUCAGAUAUUAUUGAUUGUCACUACUUGGUAUAAAUCAUAAUAUCACAUUUUGAUAUUGGAUCGACUUUUUAUCAAUUACAAUUUAUUAUCUGUUGUAGAAAAUGAACUUUGUAAUUUAUUAGAGUACUAUCUAACUCAUUGUGCAGUUGAUACUGCUGUAUUUUAAGCUUGUAAUAGUUCCCUUCCAAGAAAUGAUGAUAUUUAUGAUUAUGAUAAUCACUAAUUAUACUUAAAUCUUUCUUGUUAGAGAGAAAAGGGGAGUGGUUGUAAAAAUAAUUAAACUAACAUCUUGUCUUUUAAUCAUUUACCUAUUUAUUAUAUAUGCAUAAGUUAAAUUGAUAUAUUUAACUGAAUUCUAUACUGAGUAAUUUUGAAUGUUUAUUUACAUGAUUUGUAGGAUAAUAUUCAUUACAUGAUGUUUUAAACAAUUUUUUGUAUAUAAAACAUUUGUGUUUAUACCAGCCAUUUAUUUAUUAGUGUGACUCAUACAUUUAUCAAUAACUAAAUCUGAUAUGUUUUCUGAGAUUAACAAAAAGAUAUUUUUUAAUAAGUUUGAUUAUACUUAAUUAAAAAAGAAAACCAAC